GCUUAAAGCUGCCGGGGCGGCUGUGGGAGAUCGUGCAGGUUGCUGUGGCCGGGCGGAGUUGGACGGGAUCCCCCCCCCCCUUUCCCUUUUUCUUCCUCCUCCUCUUUGCACAUCUGAGGGCGGCACGGGGCUGGCUCCCCCCUCCCGGAGGUCGCCUUUGUUUUCCCCGUGUCGCUCUCCCGAGCAGCCCGAGGGAGCGGGAGGGGGCCGGGGCCGGGCUGGGCCGGGCUGCACCGGCCGCCCCUUCCCCUCCUCGCCCCGCCGGAACCCGCGGAGUUGGUGCGGUUCCCCCGGGCGGCGCUUUGCCCCCCGCCCCGGGGCUGAGCCGCCGCCGCCGCCCCCCCGGGACCCCCAUGGCACCGCCGCGAUGUUCGUGUCCCGGGUCCUGGAUUUCCAGAAGACGCGCUACGCCAGGUUCAUGAAUGACCGUGUCCCGUCCAACCGCAGGUACCAGCCGACAGAGUACGAGCAUGCAGCGAACUGUGCUACCCACGCAUUCUGGAUCCUGCCCAGCAUCCUCGGCAGCUCCAUCCUGUACAUCCUCUCUGACGACCAGUGGGAAACCAUCUCAGCCUGGAUCUAUGGCUUUGGCUUGUCCAGCCUCUUCAUCGUCUCCACCAUCUUCCACACCAUCUCCUGGAAGAAGAGGCAUCUCAGGACCGUGGAGCACUGCUUGCAUAUGUUUGACAGGAUGGUGAUCUACUUCUUCAUUGCGGCAUCGUACGCUCCCUGGCUGAACCUGAGGGAGUUGGGUCCCUGGGCUUCCCACAUGCGGUGGAUCAUCUGGAUCAUGGCAUCUAUUGGGACCGUCUACGUUUUCUUUUUCCAUGAGCGGUACAAGCUGGUGGAGCUGGUGUGCUACGUUAUCAUGGGAUUCUUCCCUGCCUUGGUCAUUCUCUCCAUGCCCAACAGGGAUGGCCUCCUGGAGCUGGUGGCCGGUGGACUCUUCUACUGCCUGGGCAUGGUCUUCUUUAAAAGUGACGGCCGCAUCCCCUUCGCCCACGCCAUCUGGCACCUCUUUGUGGCCAUCGGAGCUGGCAUCCACUACUACGCCAUUUGGAGGUACCUUUACCGGCCCAGCACGCUAGAGACUAAAACAUCCCGGUAGAUGCCUUAAAGACAUCGCUUGCACCAACUGGCACAUGGAGGCAUGGAGGGGAGCGGAAAGGCAGCCUGAGCCGUGGGCUCGCCCCGAACCACCUGCUCACCCCAUGGGCAGCAGCCGCUGGUGCCCUUUCCACAGAGACAGGACAGCCUCGAGGUUCAUUUUAAACAGGUUUUUCUUUUUUAACUUGGGAGCUGUUUAAUUUUUUAGGCAAGGGUUUUGUAACAUGGUGACCGACCAACAGGCUGUGGGAGAUAAGGGAGUGACCGCUUGCCAAGGUCUCAGGGGGACCUCACUCACCCACCUCACCCCGAGCAUCCCAUGGGAGUGGGGACCUUGGCCCCACAUGCCCCUGGCUAGUGACACCCUGGGUUUGGCUACUGAAGUCCUUAGCAUGGGCCAUCCAGGGGUCUGGAGGAGUUGGGAUGAGGGGAGAGACCUGGUCCCUUUUCUCCAGGAUGCCUGGGCAUACGGCUGCCCCAGCCAGGGAGGGGGGCAUGUCGGCACCCCUGCACCACCCGGGCUCGGCUCCUAAAUGGUCCUAAGUCAUUAACUGCCCCAACCCAAAAUCUUGACAGGAAGGUCUGGAAUCAACAAAGCCUUACAUGGGAUUGAAACUUGAAUCUCUUCCAGAGCUCCCCGGAGUCUGGAAAACCCUUUCUCUAAGCCAGUAUUAAGUGCACAACUCAACUGCCCUAGACAGACCCUCAGAGCCUCCAGAGAGAUUUUCUCCGUGGGAUGCUUUGUUUUUCUCUCUGGUCCCGGUGCCAGCGGCAGCCCUGAAGCACAGCCCCACUCCCAGGCUCUGCCGCACACGUGCCUUCGGCAGGGAGCAGAGCCGGGAUCCGGCUCCUGGCAUCCACCUGGCUGGGAUCAGCCCAUCUGCAUCGGGGAUUUCCUUUCUGCUUGAGGGAGGGAAGCAAACCUCCUUGGACUGGGAUCAUGGGGCUGCCUGCCUCCUCUGCUCCCAUUUUGAUGAUAAGCCUCUUGCUCAGCGUCAGAUUUAAAUCCACUUUUUGGCACAGGGAGACAGGGAAUGGGGGUUGUGGUCAGUUCAUCACAUGUCUCUGCUGCUCCUCACGCUCUUCCCCUGCUCCAGCGCGGGGUCCCUCCCACGGCAAAGGUUGGACUUGAUGACCUGAGAGGUCUUUUCCAACCUUAAUGAUUCUAUGAUUCCUGGCAAUGCCACAGGUAAGGGAUGCACCUGCACAAUGCUUGGAGGUGAGCUGUGAUGGGGAGGUCCUUGUGACGCUUGGUUUUUAAACCCCUAACCACGGCUACACGGUGCUUGGUUGCAAGGCAGGAUAACAGGACAUGGAGCACCCAUCCAGCCAUCAGGAGCAGCCCCGAUGCUGAUGGAAUGGGAAAAACCACACCUGGUCCUGCUCCAGAGCUGCUGGAGCUGGGAGGGUCUGGUGUGCGCUGAGCUCUGGUGUGUGCUGGGGUCUGUGCCGGGAGCUGGCUGGCAGAGCAGCACUGUUCUCAGCCCCGCCUGCACCUUCCCUGGGAGCCCCUGAAGGCAUUGAUUUCCCAUCAUCUCUCUUUGGCCUCUUGAUUAAUCACAACUGCAGCACUCUCAGUGCAUUGUGGCAAGCAGAGGAGAUUUAUGGCCACUGUCCUACAUCUCCUGUUUCUUCAGCAGCGUGCUGAGGAGCUGAGCUCCUGCCUCUGUCCCACCUCUCACAGAGCUUAGGGUCCCCCCAGCCUGUGGCACCCCAGGACCAGCUCUCCAGGGCUGUGCCAUUUUCCAGCAAAUUACCAAAGUGAAAGCAUCCAGAUACUCUUCCCCUCCUGACGUGGUGGUUGUGGUCACCAGGUUGGCAAAAAAAACCCAGUGGGUUUUCAAUUCCACAGGCAGAAGAUUCCUAUAAGGAGCCCUGGGUGCUGUGCCUGGCACCCCAGUCCGACAUGGUGCUGCUGGGGGGUCUCUGCCCAGGGCACCCCAAAGCAGCCUUUGGGCUGGGACACCUCUUGGUGUCUUGGGUGAUCUUAGGUACAGGGGUGAAUGACCCAGUGUGAGCCCAGUCUCUGCUGCUGCCUGUCCCAGGAUGCAGACCUUGCUCUGUCACCUACUGCAGAUGGAGGGGUGGAGAGGGACAAGCUGUGAGUAACCAGCAGCUGGUGGAGCAUGUCUGGGGUUGGAAUAGUGGGAUAUGGGGUCCCAGAGAGGGAGCUGCCACUUUUUCUGUCUGGCGAGUCACCAUCCUUCUCCGUGCCUCAGUUUCCCCAUCUGUAAAAUGGGGGUGAAGACACCAACCUACCUCACAGGGCUCAUGUGAGGACCCCAUGAAGCACUUGGAGGACAACCAGUGCUUUACAAACACGUGCUUCAAUUUUCACCGAGUCUGGGGGACCAGAUUCCCAGAGCCACUGCUGGGCACAGUGACAACCGCUGCUCAGCAUGCUCAGAUCUCCUCCCCCUCUGUCACUAAAUCCCACAGACAGGGAACCACCCUGGGGACAGACCAUGCACACAAUAGUCCCAGCCUCCAGGAAAAUGUCCCCUGGCAGGGCUGAGGAUGCCCAGGGACCACCAUUGUGUUUUGUCCAUAGGCUUCAUCCCAAGGGAUUUAUCUCGGAAGCCAUUUCACCAUUGGGGGUUUUUGGCCCUAAAUCUGUCCUGGGGGCUCCUGAGGCACAGCGAGGGGGCAGAAGGACCUUUCUGAGGCCACUUGAUGUCAGCCUCCUGCUGAAAACCCAGGGCAGGGCAGACCCCUGGGCGGGAACAGGUGGCCAGGCUCCGUCGGGGACAUCGCCACCCUGCCUUGAGCCCUGAUUUGCCAAGUGGGCUUCUCUGUAACUGAGAAGUCCCCCCUCUUCUCUUGCUUCCUAAGUCCUUCCCUUGCAAAGCAGAGUGGGAGGCGCAGAGGAGGUUAUCGGAUUGUCCUCCUAUUUUAUACUAAUUUUAAAUGACUCGUAACAUUCAGGAUGUCUGCGGAGGGGGGGUUUGAGGGAUCUUUUUAGCACCUCGUGUUUUUCACUGUCCAUUCUUGUUCAAUCAGUAUUUUAUAUUUAACACAGUAUUGGGUCAAAUUAAAAACAAAUGUAAGGAAGAUAACACUAGUGAAUAUUGUUUCCUGUGGAGUAGGAUUGAAAUAAAACCUCAAGAUACCUCAA